UGAGAAGCGGCGCAGUUCUUACCGGUGAAACCUUUCAAGUCGUCCAGUUGCCGCUCUGAAUAAAAGAAGGCAGCGUGCGCCUGCUUUUUAUCAGGUAUCCUGCUCAUCUGAAACGUCUAGUGGACAGCGACAAGCAGAGCUGCUAGGCUGGUUAGGUUAAUUGGUGACUCCAGACAAGAUUAAAGAACAGUCACUGAAGUCGCUUUAUUAAAUUGUUACAUUUUAUUCAACUGACUCUGCUCUAGUCGGACCACUAAAGAAAUUCCCUUUACUGUUUAGCACCUUAUCGUGUGUGCUAAUGCGUUCUUAAUACACAUACGCGUCUGAAGUAGGCGGCAGCGCUUUCUGAAUUCACUUGAUAAUUAAGCUCAUCCUCCUGACUCCGGACAACGUUUGUUUCAGGAGCCCAAGCACAUUAAGUAGCCUCCCGCAUUCCGCAGUGAUCCUUCUCUGUGCGGUGAUCCUCUUGUUUGAGCCGCGCGGGCACCUCACAUCUUCUUCAAGAUAUGCCGCUGUCAUUUCUACCAGCACUGGUGCUGUGCUUUGCAGUUUACGCUGCCAGGGCAUGGACAGUCACGAACAGCACGGACCACUCGCUGGAGACAGCUGGUAGCUUCAAGGAGACUGCUUCAGCCGUGGACUCUGGGAGCAUCUCCAAAACCCGAAGGAAGAGAUACAUUUCCGAAAACGAUAUGAUUGCUAUUCUAGAUUACCAUAACAAGGUCAGAGGACGAGUCUUCCCACCUGCUGCUAACAUGGAAUACAUGGUUUGGGAUGAAACUCUUGCAAAAUCUGCAGAAUCGUGGGCUUCGAUGUGCAUAUGGGAUCAUGGGCCCCAAUAUCUUCUGAGAUUCCUGGGUCAGAACUUGUCAGUAAGGACUGGACGCUAUCGAUCCAUUCUUCAACUAGUGAAACCCUGGUAUGACGAAGUGAAGGAUUAUGCAUUUCCAUACCCUCAAGACUGCAAUCCCAGAUGUCCAUUAAAAUGCUAUGGCCCAAUGUGCACACACUAUACCCAGAUGGUGUGGGCCACUUCCAAUCGAGUUGGCUGUGCGAUCAAUACUUGCCAUAAUAUGAAUGUCUGGGGUUCAGUAUGGAGAAGAGCUACCUACCUGGUGUGCAAUUAUUCACCCAAAGGGAACUGGAUUGGAGAAGCUCCCUACAAAGUAGGUGUUCCAUGUUCUGCGUGUCCACCAAGUUAUGGAGGUUCUUGCAGCAACAACAUGUGCUUUCCAGGAGUCACUUCAAACUACCUGUACUGGUUUAAAUGAGACAUUUCUACAUGCUCUUUAAUUUCAAUUAAUUUGCACAUCUUUAUAAUUCCAAGAGUCUUGCAUUUGUGAUCAGCUGAUUGUUCUCUGGGCUGUGACUAGAGCAGGGCCAGGAGAUAACAUUUAGGUUGUGCUGCUCUUGUAUUGUAACAAAGAGAGUACUUUGAACAAUUAAUUUAAAAUUCACUUGCAUUUUAAGUUUAAAUAUUCAUCUCAAAUGCGACCAUUUUAAAGAUAGGACAUUUUCCUGUUAACUGGUUAAUGUACUUUGAGUUGAAGUGUCACCUUAGUGUGGAAUUUACAGCUAUUUACUGUAUAUACUUAUCAUUUAAAUGGUAACUACAUAGAAGAAUAAUGCAAGUAUGAAGUCAUUUGUGUACCUUUAUUACAAAAGGUUUUAAGCAUGUAUUAACGUUUUUUUAAUCAAGGUUACAGUUUUAUCUAAAGGCCAACCAAUAUUAAUUUGAAAACAAUGCAGUCUUUCGAUAUAAGAUCUUUUUAAUAAUACACAGUCUUUAUGUCAUAAAUGGUGCUUUAUUGAUUCAUAGAUACUGUUAACCGGUGUACAACUUGGUGCUUGUUUCUGAGAGAAAGUAUAAUUUGUAUUACAGUACAUUCUGCUAAAAUAUUACUUUGCAAUAAUCGGGGAGCUAAUGAACAUGCAACAUGUUUUUGAUAUAUUUAGACAAGACUGUUAGCUAUCUUAUAAUGCAAUUUUAGGAUUCCAUGAAAUACGUUGGCUCUCUCACACAGCACAUCGUGUCAAUGGCAAACAAAGCCUUGACCCGAGUUUAGUUUCCAGGUGGCCUUCUCUUUUUGUGGAGCUACAUAUUUACGCUGUGUCCAUUUGGGUUUUCUUCCACAGUACAAACAAAUGCUGCUAGGUUCGACUGAACAUUUGAAAUUGACCCUAACUUAAUGCAAGUGUGUUCUCUGAUAGAUUGGCAUGAAAUCAACUUUAGCACUUUGUUUCUUCCAGAAUUAGGGCCUCAGAAAACAAACAUGGGAAGGCUUCAUGGGAAACUUGAAAUAGCAUCCCAUCUGUGUAAUUUGUUUUGGCAUAAUUUACAUUUUGCUCAAGAUACCUCAAAACCAAUUCCUCUCAAGAUGUUCCGUAUUUUCUUUGGGAAGACAGGAUAGACUAGACAGGAAGUCAUUUCCAGAUACCUAAAAAUGCAUCUGAGAUAUCUUAAAAUGGAUAAAAAGUUAUUUUAAGAUAUUUCAGAAAUACUUGA